AUGGCAUAUUUACUUCGUCUACUUCGUCUUCGUUAUUUAAUCUUUGGUACAGCUGUUGGUGGUGGUUAUGCAGCUCAUAAAAAAUAUAAAGAUAUCAAAGAGGCUUUACCAGAUUUAUCAUGGAUGAAAGAAUAUAUGCCAGAAGAAAGUGUUGAUGCUUUAACAAAACGUUUAUCUGAUUUAGCUAAUUCUGUUUCAUUACCGGAUACUACUAAUUUACAAGAUCAUGUCAAACAAUUACAAGACAAAUUUGCAAAUUAUCUUUCAACAAUAUCUUCAAGUAAUACAUCCGAUGAUAAGAAUAUUAAUGAAGGACAACAACAAACAUCAGAUGGUCUUUUUACUUGGGCAAAUUCGUAUAAAAAUGUUCAAUUAAAAAGUGAUGAAAUACAAAGAUUAAACAAAGUAUCUCAAUUAGAAGAUCAUGAAUAUCAAGAAAAAAUUCAUCAAGAAAUGAUGACUAUACAAAUAAAAUAUCAACGUGAAAUUGAUCGAUUAGAGAAAGAAAUAAAAACAAUGAAAAAACAAAUUUUAUUAAGACAAGAAAGAAAUCUUAAUGGACAAAAACAACGAAAAAUAAAAAGAUCACUUAUUGAUAUGUAUAGUGAUGUUUUGGAUGAAUUAAAUGAGUAUGAUACAAAUUAUAACAUUCAAGAUCAUUUGCCUCGAGUUAUUGUUAUUGGUGAUCAAAGUUCGGGUAAAACAAGUGUACUUGAAAUGAUAACACAAGCACGAAUAUUUCCUCGAGGUGCUGGUGAAAUGAUGACACGUAGUCCAGUAAAAGUUACUUUAAGUGAAGGUCCUUAUCAUGUUGCAAACUUUAAAGAUAGUCCUAAAGAAUAUGAUUUAACAAAAGAAACAGAUUUAGCUGCUCUUCGAAAAGAAAUUGAACUUCGAAUGCGUGCAUCAGUCAGAGAAGGUCAAACAAUUAGUAGUGAAGUUAUUUCAUUAUCAGUCAAAGGUCCUGGUCUUCAACGGAUGGUUUUAGUUGAUUUACCUGGAAUUAUUAGUACGGAAACAAUUGGUAUGGCAUCGGAUACAAAAAGCUCUAUUACUCGUCUAGCAAAUAGUUAUAUGUCAAAUCCGAAUGCUAUUAUUCUUUGUAUUCAAGAUGGAAGUGUUGAUGCUGAACGUAGUAAUGUAACAGAACUUGUUUCAAAAAUGGAUCCACAUGGUAAACGAACUAUAUUUGUUCUAACAAAAGUUGAUAUGGCUGAAGCAAAUCUACAUGAUAGUGAUCGAAUCAAAAGAAUUCUCGAAGGAAAAUUAUUUCCAAUGAAAGCUUUAGGCUAUUUUGCAGUUGUCACUGGCAAAGGUUAG